AUGUAUGGCUACUCAUACUUCACACAAAGAAGAGACGCUACAUCGAAACGAGGAUACCAACAGCGCUCCCUAGUCAUCCUCUCGCAUCUCGCAUACCCAGCGCUGUUCUAUACCCUGCUCUCCAAACUGGGACCUGCGUUCUUAUCCCACGGAGGACCCAUGUUGGAGGCUGCCUGCCACAAUAUCGCUACUUGGUCGGAUCCCACCGCAGGCGCGACCCUCGAGCUCGGUUUUCUUGGAUCUGUCCUCCAAGCCGAGAUUCCGAGCAAUAUAGAUACACAGCAGGCCCCGGCGAAGUCACAACUGGUCGUUAAACCCGGAAUGCACGGAAUACAGUACCAGAUACUUGCGUCGUUGGCACCGCCGGAUCCCCCAGUCAUUGAUCUCUUUGGCGCGUGUUUAUCGCAGCUCUGGUCAAUAUGGGAGUGUCUCGUUUUGUGCGAACCUAUUCUCGUGUUUGGCCCCUCACCGGCUAUGACCAGCCAGGCCAUCUGGUGGCUGCGAGACGUGCUGCGACCUAUUCCUGUGGCUGGUGACUUCCGCCCGUUUUUCACCAUUCACGAUGCGGAUCACGCUGCGCUCGUCAAUUCACGCCCACCCUCGUCGGGCCUGAUCCUCGGUGUGACUAAUCCCUAUUUCGAGCGAGCAUGCAAGCAUUGGCCACAUGUUCUCAGUCUUGGAAGGGCACCACGGUCACUCAUCUCUCUGAUCAGCCACAAAAGUGACGCGAGCGCCACCCUGGGCCCUAUCCCCGGAUGGAAGUCGCGGACUCACAAGCGGUACACCUCGAAGGACCAGGCACUCCUGCGGCAGCUCCAGGAGGCAUGCAAUGGUUCCGAACAAACCAGACGGGAAGCAUCCGCACUUCUGCGGCAGCACUUCUCGUCGCGCACUGCGGCGCUCCUCGUGCCACUACAGCGCUACCUGCAGUCCCUCAUCCCCCCGCCAACCGCAGUCUCCGCCACCUUUCCUACCACGACCGAGGGCCAGGGCCGCGCUGCUCACCCGAAGACGUCCAGUGGGGCGCGCUUCCCGAAGGCCUUGUCCGCAUCCGCGAUGUUCCCCAAGUCCGCCGCGGCGAGCACAUUCCCGAAGGCGUCCGUCACGGGCACAUACCCAAAGACGGCCGCCGCAAGCACGCACCCCAAGACGUCCGUCGCGACAGCGUUCGCAUCGUCGGGCUCCUCCGCGUUCCCGUCCCCCGCGUCGAGCACAGAGGACGACCCGCCCACGUGGAACCCCGCGUUCCCGCCCACGCCCACAGCCGGCGCGCACCCCUCGCCGGCGACGGCGUCCGCCCCGCAGAGCGCCGUGCCCUCGCGCCUGCACUCCGCGUCUGAGGCCUCCCUCACGGACUCUGCCCUGUCAUCUACGGACUCUCUCUCCUCGCCCGCGCCGUCGCCGUCGCCCGCACCGACACCAACCAGCGCGGUGCCGCGACUCGCGCCGUUCAGUGAGCGCGCGUUCCUCGCGUCGUUGAAGCCCGUCGUGCUGCCGUUCCGUUCGGCGGGGCGCGCGAAGGAGUUCUAUGCGCGCUGGAUCCGGACGCCGGCAUUUGGCGUGUGGAUUGCGCGGCAGGAGGAGGUCGUGGAGAAGGUACUGAGGGGCGUGUAG